AGUGAGAUGCUGGACUGUUAGCGAGCGGUCACUGCGCUCUGUCCCAGGGCUUGGUCCCGGAGGCAGCUGAUCGAAACUCGGAGGGAAUUUCACCAGCGGCCGCUCCCAGAGCCCAGGCUCGCAGCUGCCACUGCCAAGAGGGACAGCAUGGAGUCCAAUUGCAAUGAAGACAGUGAGACCCCAUCACCAAACUUAAUGCCGCGGCAUAGAGAACUCGUACCUACACCAUGCGGUCCAAUGAAACAAUGUUCGGAAUUAUCUUGUUUAGAGAAGUUAUUUGUUGCUAUAGCAAUCAUCUCUCUCCUUGCUGUGUUGGUCGUUACAAUCCAAAGUAUUGUAAUUCAGGUGAAAGACGACAGUAAAGAUCCAACCCAGGAAGACUUCACCAUCUCAGUGAUACAGUUCAUAGGAAUAGCAUUCUGUUUUUACUACGUGCUGCACGGGACUUUCCAGGAAAAUCGCCAGGAACUAAUCGCAUUUGUGCUCUCCAUUUUAUUCGUUGUGAUCCGAUCUGUAGUGAACUUUGUUACAGCGACACCAAUGGAAAGAAACGAACUGCAGAUACGAUUCGUGCUCAUUCUAGUAUUGGGGGUGUUUCUGAUGGUGCUUAGUAUUAUCUACCUGAUUAAGAGUCCCAGCAUGAUGGCUUUCAGAGUCGGUGGAGCCUUUGAAAGUGCCCAGUCACAGUACUUCAUGGUGUUUUUCUGCUUUUCUAUGGUGACAUUUGAUCUUCAAGCUCAGCUGUGUCUCUGUGUACUUGUCUUGACCUCAGGAGCAAGUCAUGUUUCACUUGGGCAUUCUGUCAUCCUGGGAUUGGGCAUCUGCUGGGCCAUUAUUAAAGCAAUAGUUGGCCUCAUAGCUAUUCUAAAAGAAAUUAAGUAUCUUGUCUGGAUAUUUAUGAUCCAAAAUAUACCGGAACUGGCCUAUCUGGGAUAUUUACUGUACCUGGUGAUCACCGAAUGGGGAUUAAAUGGAACUUAUGUUCUAGAAGCUGGUGCAGUGACUGGUGCUACUUUUUCUGUUGCCAUCAAAGCUGUCCUCGGUUGGUCAAUGAUCAAGGUUUCCUGCUGUUUUGGACAGGGUCUACAUGAAAGAAUGUUUAGUCCCACAGAACCAUUGCCCUAGGCCUGGAUCAUCUGCGAAGGUUCUUCAUCAAUGCUGUAACUACCUAAUGCCUUCACACUUUUUUUGAGUGACAUUAUCGAAAAGAGACGAAGAGUCUUCUAGACUUGAAACGUUAGCUUGCUGUCUCUCCAUGGAUACUGCCUGACCCGCUGUGAUCUCCAGCAUUUGUUAGUUUCAGUACAGAUUGCAACAUCAUCAGUAAUUUGCUCCGACACAAGCACAAUGAAUUUGGAGCAAUAUGUUUAGCAAUAAUGAACAUAUCUAUUUUUAUAUCAUAAAGUUUGUAUAAAGCGCUAAUUUCUGAAGCUGAAAAUUUGAGAACUGGUAUAUAGUUUGUUGGAAUAACUGAGUUAUUAUUGAAUAUAUACAUUUUGCAUCUUAUUUUGUAUAUAGUUUAUCGGAAUAACUGAGUUAUUAUUGAAUAUAUACAUUUUGCAUCUUGUUUUGUUGAUAUAUUCUAAGCUUUGAUAUGCAUUGUACUGCACAUAUUGAACAGAAUCAGGGUUGUCAAAUUCAAACACUGUGAUCACAUUUGGAGUUAUAAUCAAUUCAUUCCAGUUAGAAUUGGACAUGGUUCAAUUUAUCGAUUAUGAAAUUAAUUAAGUGGAAUUAGUUAUUCUUUGUUAAUAAUUGAACCAUGUUGUUAUAUGAUAGCAGGACAGGUCAAGAAAACAAAUGUCUCACACUUGCUGUAUUCCUUAUGUUCUUAUGUUGCAGCCCAACAGGCACAAUUGGAAAUGGACUCUAAAUAUUGUCUUUGGAACUCCAUGGGUUAACAGUGAUACUAAAUUAUUGGACACAGUAAUAUUUAUUUUCUAAUAUUGUAAUGAAUAGUUUGCUGUUUCCUGAUGAAUUAUCAUUGAAUGAUUAUAGUUUCAUUCAGUGCCUUUACUGGCUGCCUGCACUCACUUGGCUCAAGGUGAAUGAGAGUGGAAACAGACUAUGGGACACUGGAUUUUCCAGGUGAAUGGGACUGGGAACAGAAACAGGAGGAUCCCAGAAAUGGGUGCAGUGUCAGUUACAGGACUCCAUGCUCAAUGCUGGACAUUUUGAUAGAAAUAGGUUCAAAACCUGACAAAGCUGUCCCAUGAGACAAAUAGGCAACUCAACUCCUGAACAGAGAUAACAAGAUAAGAAGGGUCUAGGCCCAAAACAUCAGCUUUUGUGCUCUUAAGAUGCUGCUUGGCCUGCUGUGUUCAUCCAGCUCCACACUUUGUUAUCUCAACUCCUAAACAGCCUUUUUGAAAGUGAAUUUAGGAGGUUGACUGGGAUUCUUAGUGGCGCUGAGGGUAAAUUAACGACCUGAGAUGGCAGGCCAAGAGUGUGCAACACUCCUUACAGGUCAAUAGAUCAUCCACGCCUACCUGGCUGGAAGGUAGAGCUGAAAGCACACCCCCGUGGAGAGGCUAUUACUUUGGGUCCAGCUUCCUUAAAAAUUGUGUCACAGGUAGACAGGGUGGUUAAAAGGUGUUUAGCACACUCGCCUUCAAUGCUCAGAGUUUGGGAGUUGGACAUCAUAUUGCAGCUGUACGGGAUGUUAGUGAGGCCACUUUUGGAGUACUGUGUAUAUGUGUGUGUAUUUUUUUCCUUUAUUCAUGUACAGGAUGUGGGUGUCACUGACUAGGCAGUAUUUAUUGGCCGUCUCUAAUUGCCCAGAGGGCAGUUCAUAGUCAACCACAUUGCUGUGGGUCUGGAAUCACAUGUAGACCAGACCAGGUAAGGAUGCCAGUUGCCUUCCCUGAAGGACAUUAGUGAACCAGGUGGGGUUUUCCUGAUAAUCGGUAAUGGAUUCAUGGUCAUCAUUAGAUUUGUAUUUCCAGAUAUCUUGUUGGAUUCCAAUUCCACUUUUUGUGUGUGUGUGUGUGUGUGUGUGUGUGUGUGUGUCUGUGUGUCUGUGUUAGCAGGGGAGUCAUAAAGUCAUGCAGCAUGGAAACAGACUCUUCAGUUGAAGUGUGUACAGUUCUGGUCGCCCUGACAUAGGAAGGAUAUUAUUAAAUUGGACAGGAUGCAGGGAAGGUUUACCAGGAUGUUAUCAGGAAUGAACGGUUUGAGUUAUAAGGAGAGGCUGGAUAUGCUGGGACUUUUUUCACUGGAGUGUAGGAGGUUGAGGCGUGACUUUAUAGAGGUUUAUAAAAUCAUGAGGGGCAUAGAUAACAUAGAACAUUACAGCACAGUACAGGCCCUUCAGCCCUCGAUGUUGUGUCGACCUGUCAUACCGAUCUCAAGCCCAUCUAACCUACACUAUUCCAUGUACGUCCAUAUGCUUAUCCAAUGACGACUUAAAUGUACCUAAAGUUGGCAAAUCUACUACCGUUGUAGGCAAAGCGUUCCAUUCCCUCACUACUCCCUGAGUAAAGAAACUACCUCUGACAUCUGUCCUAUAUCUUUCAUCCCUCAAUUUAAAGCUAUACCCCCUCGUGCUCGCCGUCACCAUCCUAGAAAAAAGGCUCUCCCUAUCCACCCUAUCUAACCCUCUGAUUAUUUUAUAUGUUUCAAUUAAGUCACCUCUCAACCUUCUUCUCUCUAAUGAAAACAGCCUCAAGUCCCUCAGCCUUUCCUCGUAAGACCUUCCCUCCAUACCAGGCAACAUCCUAGUAAAUCUCCUCUGCACCCUUUCCAAAGCUUCCACAUCCUUCUUAUAUGCGGUGACCAGAACUGUACACAAUACUCCAAGUGUGGCCGCACCAGAGUUUUGUACAGCUUCACCAUAACCUCUUGGUUCCGGAACUCGAUCCCUCUAUUAAUAAAAGCUAAAACACUGUAUGCCUUCUUAACAGCCCUGUUUACACCCCAUAAGAUGAAUAGGUCUUUUUCCUUGGGUGGGCAAGUUCAAAACUAGGGGACAUAUUUUUAAGAUAACAAGGUGUAAAGCUGGAUGAACACAGCAGGCCAAGCAACAUCAGAGGAGCAGGAAAGCUGAUGUUUCAGGCCUAGUUCCUACUAUCUCUGGGUAUAUUUUUAAGGUGAGAGAGGAAAAGUUUAAAAGGGACCUUGAGGGUCACACAGAGGGUGCUCUGUGUCUGAAAUGAACUGCCAGAGGAAGUGGUGGAUGUAGAUACAGGUACAACAUUUAAAGGAUAUUUGGACAGGUACAUGAAUAGGAAAGGUUUAGAGGGAUAUGGGCCAAACACAGGGAAAUGCGUCUAGUUUAGUUUGGGAAACGUGGUCAGCAUGGACAAGUUGAACUGAAGGGUCUGUUUCUGUGCUGUAUGACUCUGUGACUCGCCUGCUGAACCAAAUAGACACACACUUUCACACUCACAUGUAUAGAUACACACGCAUGCACACACUGAUAGGCACACACACUCACACAGUGACACCCUGACUGAUUUUUCUGCUUUUUAAUUGUAUUGUGUUUAAAAGUCACCAUAAGCGCACCUUUUUGAUGGACAGUACUUGACUGGGUCCCACUCCUAGGAAUAAGGGCCAAUCACUGAGGCCUGGGAUUAGGAGGAACCCUAUCACUCAGAUGGUGGUGAAUCUUUGCAGUUCCUGACCCAGCGAGUUAUGUCUGCUCCAUUGCUGAAUAUGUUUAAGCCUCAAACACGUAGUUCUUUGGUCUCUUGGGAAGUCAAGAGAUAUGGUUACUGGCUGGGAAAUUGGAGGUGAGGUAAAGGUCAAAAAUGAUCAGUGGCCUGAAUGGCCUCCUCCUGCUCCCAUUCCUUGUGUUCUUAUUGAAGUCCCUCACAGAUCCGCACCAUCUCCUGCAGCCCCAGUGCACCUCUGAAACUGGAAGAUUCAACAGGUCACUGCUCCUUUCUGUUACUGCAUGCAGAAUGUACACCUGGGCCAAACCUUAAUGUUGAGACACUGCACGUGCACUGUUCUGAUAAGGCUGAGGUCGCAGCAGUGUUGUGGAGGUUGGGGUGAGUGGAGGCAGCAGGGUUGAGCAAUUGGGGAAGACAGAAACCUUUAAAGGGCUACAAGUUCUCCUCGCAUGGAGACACAAGGCCUUCUUUCUGAGGACAGUCUGUGUCUGUGUGGAGCGGCACGGUGGCUCACUGGUUGGCACUGCUGCCUCACAGCACCAGGGGCGUGGGUUCAGUUCCAGCCUUGGGUGAGACUGUGUGUGGAGUUUGCACAUUCUCCUCGUGUGUGCGUGCAUUUCCUCCAGAUGUUCCAGUUUCCCCCCACAGUCUAAAGAUAUGUAGGUUGGGUAGAUUGGGACAUGCAGGGUUACAGGGGAUAGGGUAGUGGGGUGUGCCUCAGUGGGAUUGCACUUUGGAGCAUCAAUGAUGACUUGAUGGGCCAAUAGCCUGUUUCCACACUGUAGGGAUUCCAUGACUGAACAAUGGAACCAAUGCUGUUGUAUGCAUUAUGGUCUCUCCUAGGGCUAGCAUGGGAAUGGUGGCUGGAAUUUUUGAGAUAGGAUUGGAAAGGAAAGCUCUUACAGCUAAGGAAGGCUUACCUGGUAAGGUCAGGAAAUUCCCGUUUCUCUGAGUAAUGGCAUUGAGGCAUUCGGUUGUAUUGAUGAUGUCAUUUGGAUUUUACUUCCUUUUGUCAAUAAUUAAUGUCUUGAUCAAGAAUUGAAUUUGUGUGCUACUUACAACAAGAAAUCACUGAACUUUUAGUUUUUGUGAUUGAGGUGAAUUGAUCAAGUGUUUAGAAAAGGAGAGCAAUGACAGCAGAUAUGGACUGUACAGAAUUGUUAGAGCUCUGUUACAUCAACAUCAUGUUCACUGUUACUUGGUUCAUGACAUCUAACUCAACAGAAAGAUUCCAAAUGUUUAACAGUUGCAUUCACCUUAUUACAAAUAAAUUACUAUUUUAAGGCAUCAAGUGACUGAUGCAAAGAGAGUGACAGAAAAGGGUGACAGUCACACUCGAGCUCCCGAGCGUGUGUUUGGCAUGUUCCUCAUUGUGUUGUGCUGGCCCAUUCUGGUACAGGUUAAUGUUGGUCCUGCGUUCUCCCCUUGGUAUUGUCAACGUUGUGUCUGUAACACACCCGAACUAUUCGAUAUCACUGAAAAAGACACCUUGGGGUAGAUAACUUGAAGCACCGUACAGGAGUAAAUUUCAGUUUGGUUUUGGAUCCAGUGUCAGAUUCAUUCUCUCAGCUGAGAAAUGGCUGAAUGAGAGAUGUUUCCAGUCAGUCCCACUCCCAAUGCCCUCUUCCCCUUGUCAAUCCCUUCCCUUCAGAAGCGUGUCCAGUCAUCUCCUGGAAACCACAAUUAACCCAGCUGCCACCACUUCUUGGGUAUUCUAGAUGCUGCUCACUCGCUGGGUAAAUGUUACUCAUCAUCCUUCCAGUAUUUCUAUUGCCAAUCACCUUAAAUUGAUAUCCUAUCAUCUUCUACCUUUCCACCGAUGUUUCUCUCUCUGUCCAGGCCCCUCAUUAGUUUGAACAAAUCUACCAAGUGUCCUCGGGUUUCUCGCUGUGAACUGAAACCCCUCAUUCCUCAGAAGGGGAGGGGGGUGUUGCUCAGAGCAAUUGCCCAGAAAGUAAACCAUGCUUUUGGGGGAGGGUGAGACGACAUGGAACCUCACUGCAAAGACACAUGGAGAUAACCCCUGGGAGUCAACCUUGUGACUGGCUGCAUCACUAGCUGAUGAGGCAUCGAACAAUGGAUUGUUUGUAAGGCCCUGCUCCUGGUGUGGAACCUCACUGCAAGGUCACGAACACAGUUUCGAGAAAGGGUCACCCAACCCGAAACGUUAACUCUGCUUCCUCUCCACAGGUGCCAGACCUGCUGAGCUUUUCCAGCAAUUUCUGUGUUUUUUCUGAGAAACACAGUAAAAUAGUUCUGGAGGAUUUUCAGUUUAAGGAGGCUGUGGUCUUGGGGUCACACAUAAAACUAUCCUCCACAAAGGGGAUUCCUGACCCAGUCCAAAUCAUUUCCUGCACUUAUUGCAAGGUAUAAAUGUUCAAAGCAAAUGUAGCACAUAAGGAUUAAACUGCAAUAAGAACUGUUCUAGUUUUUGGUGUUGAUUGAAAGUGUUAGUAUGAUAUUGGGACCUGGAUUUGAGUAAAGUUCAGCUCAGCACUUAAUAAACUCAUUGAAAUGCUUUGCCUAACCACUUUGUAAACGAAUGCACUGAUUGUAACUUUACACCAGAAUUAU